AUGUUCGAGUUUGCCCCGAAAGUCGGUCCGCUGGCGGUGAUGCUGAUGAUGCUCCUGCUAGUCCUCAGUCCCGUGGACUCGCGGUGGACGAGGAGGCCCAGGCGUACGACCACCCCAAGGAGUACCACUGAGAAGGCGGACAGGCAUCAGUAUGUUCAUCACUGGCCACCACUGGUGGCUCCAGUUCAGGCACCAGUUCAGGCUCCUGUUCAGAUUCCACUUCCUGCUCCCUCACCUCCCCAAGUGAGUCCCCGCCUGAUUGACAGCUUCGAUCGCAGAUCUGCGGAUGGAGAGUAUGAGUUCAGAUUCCAGCUGGACAAUGGCAACACCCGCUAUGAGCGCGCCUACUGGCUGCCCGUGGGCAAGGAUCUGGUCCUGGCCAAAAAGGGCUACUACUCGGUGCCCCUGCCCAAUGACCAGUUCUCUACCAUAUUCUACACGGCGGACAAUCGAGGCUAUCAUGUGGACAUGCAGACGCUAACCGGAGAGAGGCCGGUGUUGCCGCGCAGCCUGGAAGUGCCCGGAGUGGGAUCCAAAAUGGAAUCGGGAACGGGAACGGGAAUGGGAGGUGGAGCGGGGUCUAAGCGAAAUUCAAUAAGCGACCCGGAGCGUAACGAGCAGGAUGUGGAGAAUGUGGAGGACAUUGUGGAUGGGGAUGUGGACACAAGUGUAGCUGGCACCGAGCGGGUACCCAAUGCUGUAAGCCAAGUCGAGACCGAAACCGAAACCGAGACCGAGCCAUCAACUUUGGCCAACGACAUUUUGGCAAGCGAGGCGGCUGAUGAUGAUGAUGACGACGACGACGAC